AUGGCCACCAAGACCCUUCGCAAUAAGAAAUGCCUCUACUGUGAGAGGAAAUUCGGCAAAGCCGAACAUCUCAAGCGUCACCAGAGAGCUCAUACCGGAGAAAAACCGUUCAAGUGCUCGCAUUGUAACCGUGAGUAUGCGCGAAGCGAUGUGCUCAUGCGACAUAUCAGGAAUCACCACUCGGGUUCUGAGAAGCAGACUGUUUCGACUUCACCAGUUGAAACUUCGCAGAUGCAUGGCACCGAGGCAGUGGAGAGAUCCGCACGCCAGUCUUCUGAUCUGCGUCGAGACACUCUACCAGCGAACUCGAUGCAGACGCCGUACUUGGACGAUGGCAGUCCAGCGAUCCUACCAGACCGCCACAAGCAGAGUCUGGCAAACAUUCAGGAUGAAUCCCAUUUGCAGGCUUCGCAGCGCGUCAAGCCCUUGGUCGUUUCCGAUAAUCCUGUGGAUCGACGAGCGGCGGCUCCGCUUGAAGGCUUUGAAGACUGGCUGGGAUCUCAAGAUCUACCUUUGGCCGCCAACAUAUGGGAUGACUUGUCACAUUUCGAUUUCAUGAGCUUUACGAAUGAUGCACGGCUUAGCCUCUCUCCCUGCCGCCCUCGCCAAAUGCUCCAUUCUCCGCCCAAGGACAAUAUAUCCGAUGAAAGAUAUGCCAAGAUAGCAAGCCUUUGGCCGACGAAGAAGCAGACACCUCGACGUUUGAUCGAGACUCUCUGGCGUGAUGUGGCUUCUUUUCGGGAGGACAAUAUAUUCUCCCAGCCGGUCGAGACGGCCGUCGAUGGGAGUACAUCAUCACAAACUUUCCCAGGCGAGGUCGCGGAGUCUAGAUGGGGCCUGGACGAAGAAUGCAGAGCAAGAUUGAUGGAAGAUUGCGCCUCUAUGAACAUUUCACUUGGGCAAAAGGCAAACAGAGGUGUUGAAACGAGCCUCAAAAGCAACACGAGCAACUCGCUGAGUGAAGCCAGCCGCGUGCCUGCCAAGUUUCCAUCUUCUCAGAUUCUGGAUAUCAGCCUCGACAUCUUCUUUCGUCGCUUCCACCACUUCAUGCCAUUCAUUCACGAACCAACAUUCUCCGCGAAGAAAACUUCGAGCACCCUCCUGUUUCCCAUGUGCCUGAUGGGUUUGACAAUGCUGGACUCUGUUCGUGCGAAGAGAUUCGUGUGCUCUCAUCUGGGCGACGCAAUCGAGAGAUGUAGACGCGACCUGGUUGUGAGCUCGCGGAAAGGAGGCCAACUCAGUGAAUUAUUGAGCGCAAUGGCAGCUUCGAUCCUGUUGCUGGCUCUUGCUGCGAUCAAUCCCAAGCAGCCACUUGCGGAAAAUUCUCGACUGCUUUACAAUGAGACAAUAAAUGCUGCCCAACGACAGGGAUUGUUUGUCUCCCAAGAAGGCGAGCAGCUGUCUUCAGUCAUAUUUCAGUCCUUGGACAAUGUUGAAAUGUGGAGGGCUUGGACGCGGAUUGAAUCGGCUAAACGAUUGAUUCUAUGCCUCAUCAUGUCUGACUCCUUCUUCUCAGCCCUGGAUGAUCACCAUCCCAUCAUACAGACCGAGCAGCUGCAUUUCUAUUUUCCUUGCAAGACAGAAUUGUUCCAAGCUGCCACCGAAAGACGAUGGUCUCAGAUGGUCUCCACCGGUGCGUUGACAAUCAUGCCUUUGAUGAUUCCGCAACUGGAGGCUGCCAUUCUCCCCCCAGCUUCCGAUGCCAGUGCAAUAGGCUUCUUUGGUCUUUUCUCAACAAUUUGGGUUCGAAUUGUGGAAGCAAAACAUCGAUAUGCUCUUCUAACUUCCGAACGUGCAAAUCUCCCGAUUCCGGCCGAGAUCUUCGCCCACGAUGAGCACGCAGUCUCGAUUGCCCCGUUCCUGAUGAAGAUGUGGAGGUGGUACGGUGAAACUAUGUGCAUAAUCAACCCCAAUUGCGAAGCUUUCUGGCACCAUUUGAACAUAUCGAUGACGGCUGAUCUUGGAGUAUUUGAACUUGCUUCGGGAAGGGAAGGAGCCGAAAGAGCGAAAAGUGCACUUGAUGAUAUUGUGACCUGGUCUCAGACUGCUGCUGCUCGACGGGCGUGUCUUCAUGCAGCGCAGACCUUCUCAUGCAUGUCGAAACGACGGCCCAUUGAUGGGACGUCCUAUGAAGCGGAGAUCGCCUUGGUUCACGCUGCCUUAGUGCUCGGUCUUUAUGUCUUUGUGAUGCCCCAGCCGGACGAAACAGAGGACCAAGAUCAGCAAGAGCAUGGUCGACUCGAGGCACUUGAACUUCUAGACGAAGUGGAUUGGAAUCUCGUAGGCCAAGUCGGCUUUACCAGCUACGCGACCGCGAACGCCGACGUCGACAUGGCCAUAGACUCGACCUUGUGCGCUGCGAAAGGGUUCAUCGAGAACGGUGGUCCGAUCUCCUUCUCCGGGAUCAUCCAAAACGGCGGCUACGCCUCUGCCAGGAGGGUCCUUCUCGACUACGUCUAUCUGUUGGAAGAUGUGGGCACCCGCUACAAUGUGAUGGAGUUCUGUCACAUCUUGCGCAUUUUGAGUGAUGCGCUUAUAGAUUUGGACUCUGGAGGUGCCGACUAG